AUGCUCACUCAUAAUUUAUUUUGUUUAGAAUUGAAGAUCGGUGGGAAGUCAAAGGUUGGGAUCAAUGGUUUUGGUCGGAUUGGAAGAUUGGUUUUACGAGUAGCAAUAUUCAGGGAUGAUAUUGACGUGGUGGCAGUGAAUGAUCCUUUUAUUGAUGCUAAAUACAUGGCCUACAUGUUUAAAUAUGACUCUACUCAUGGAUUAUUCAAAGGAAGCAUUAAGGUUGUAGAUGAUUCAACCUUAGAAAUCAAUGGGAAGCAGAUUAAGGUUGUGAGUAAAAGACAGUCAAAUGGUGGAGGCAAGAAAGUAGUUUUAUCAGCUCCAUUAGCUGAUGCUCCCAUGUUUGUGGUUGGAGUAAAUGAGCAGACAUACAAGCCAAACAUGGACAUUGUUUCAAAUGCAAGUUGUACUACCAACUGUCUUGCUCCUCUUGCUAAGUUGUAG